AUGGGCGUGGAAAUGGUUGGCCCCUGCUGUAGUAACCAAGUAAAUGGAGAAAACUCUCAUCAAGUUGUCAGGGUCAUGGAGGCUGCAGACAUGGAUGAAACCUCUCAUCAAGUUAUCAGAACCAUGGAAGCAAAAAUCAAUCAACCACCGAAGUUGUUGAAUAAAUAUGCUGGUAACAAGUCUUGCUGCAUCUUCAGAGUCCCUGAAAGCCUCGUCCAAAUCAAUGAAAAGGCCUACCAACCCCAUAUCAUUUCCAUUGGUCCUUACCACCAUGGAAAAGAACAACUCAAGAUGAUGCAAGAGCACAAAUGGAGAUUUCUUGGUUCCCUCCUUCAUCGAAUACGGCAACACAACAUUGGACUCUUUAACCUCUUCCAAGCCAUAAAACAAAUGGAGGACAGUAUAAGGGAGUGCUACUCUGAGACAAUUGGAAUGGACAGCCAUGGUCUGAUUGAGAUGAUGGUGCUUGAUGGAUGUUUCAUUAUCGAGCUGUUUUGCAUAGUUGGCAGGUUAGCAGAGACUAAUCUUGAUGACCCCAUCUUCAAUAUGCAAUGGAUUUUGAGUUUCCUUAUGCGCGAUCUUCUUAGGCUAGAAAACCAAAUCCCUUUCUUUGUACUCCGAACUUUGUUUGAACUAACAGUAUUGGGUUCGGGCCAAGAACACAUUCCCUCCUUAGCUCGGCUUACCCUAGGAUUUUUCAAUUACAUGGUACAAAGACCUAUCGAAGUCCUGGAGAAGCAUAACUAUCUUACCGGACGACAUUUACUUGAUCUGUUUCGCAUGAGUUUUCUCCCACCUUCCUCUGAAGAAGCAUCAAGAAAUAGUACUUCCAUUGAAGAAACAUCAAGAAAGAGUAGCUCGACUGAAGAAACGUCAACAUUCCUUCAAUUGAUCCCGUCUGCCAGAAAGCUACAUCUAGCAGGAAUUCAAUUCAAGCUAGGGAAAGGUGACAGCUUCUUGGACGUUAGAUUCAGCAAUGGGGUGCUUCAAAUCCCACUUUUGACAAUAGAUGAUUUUACAAGCUCGGCCUUCCUCAAUUGUGUUGCAUUUGAGCAAUGUUACAACCACCGCUCAAACCACAUAACAACGUAUGCGACCUUCAUGGGAUGCUUAAUCAACACACCCAGCGAUGCAGGAUUUCUCUGUGAUCACAAAAUAAUCGAAAACUACUUCGGAACGGACGAGGAAAUUUCUCGUUUCUUUAACAAUGUAGGCAAAGACGUGGCGUUUGAUAUAGAGAAGAGCUAUCUAUCGAAGCUUUUUGAGGAUGUGAAUGAGUAUUACAGGAACGAUUGGCACGUACGAUGGGCAGGAUUCAAGCACACUUAUUUUGACACCCCGUGGUCAUUCAUGUCAGCGUUAGCUGCCCUCAUACUCCUAAUAUUCACCAUGAUUCAGGCCUUCUUUGCUAUCUAUGCAUAUAUCCGUCCUCUAAACAACCCAAAAUAA